AUGCCUGCGACUGCUGACCAGCUCCUUCGUAUCUAUGCUAUUCAGAAGAUGAAGGAGCACACUAUACCUCUACCACCGCAUCUGACGACACUAUCUUUCGACGAACAAUACCUAGUGUUCAAGUCGGAUCAGAAAAAGUUUACCUUUCCAAUGUCGUACCCACACUGGAUCCAGUCUGAAAAACUUCGACAUUACAAUCCUACUGUUUACGAUACUUGGCUGCAAUCCUGUACCACAACCAAAUACUUUCAACCAGUACCACCGAUUAACUUACCAUCUACAUCUCGUAAACGUCAAGCGUCACCUGAACCUCAACCAGAACCAAAGUAG